AUGGACACAUGGCACCAUAUACAUUCCAUGCUGCCAUUGCGUGACGCUGCUCGUGCUGCUUGCCUGUCUCAUGCCUUUCUACAUUUCUGGAGAUGUCAUCCCAUCCUCACCUUGAAUAGGGAUGUCCUUGGUUCCAAAGCAAAUGCAUGUCAAGAGAAUUUCAGCUGCAUAAUUGACCACAUUGUGAGGAACCACUCAGGCAUUGGCAUUAAGAUAUUCAAGCUUGAAUUACAUGGUAUUGUUGAUGCCUAUCAUUAUCUUGACAGUUGGCUUCAGACUGCUGUUACACCAGGGAUUGAAGAACUCACCCUUGAGCUAUGCCAUAGAGGCAAGAUAAAUUACAACAUCUCUUGUUCACUUUUAUCUGAUGGGGUUAGAAACUCCAUUCGGCAUCUUCAGCUUGGCUUUUGUUUCUUUCGUCCCACAGCUGGAUUUGGCCCCCUUAUAAACCUAACAAGAGUGGUCUUAUGUUCUGUGCGUAUUUCGGGGGACGAGUUGGAGUGCUUUCUUUCCAAGUCUCCUGCUUUGGAGCAGUUGAAACUCCAUGAUUGCAAGGAAAUAAUCUGCCUAAAGAUACCUUCUGUGCUACAGCAGCUCUACUGCCUGGAGGUUUCUGAUUGCUGGAAUUUGCCAGUGAUAGAGAGCAAAGCUCGAUACCUCAUCCGUUUCAUCCUUAAGGUGUCGGUGUAA